GUUUUCUUUGGCACAUAACCUCACUUCUUGCUUCAAGUAUGGAUCUUGUAACCAACAGUAUUUUAUCAAGUUCGGUGGCAAUCUUCUCCUUGGGCACUGUGAUAGGGGCCUCCUCGGUGUACUGCCUCAUGCGCAAACCCAAACCUGCAGUACCAACUUCGGAACGAUUUGAGUUUCCAGAUCUAAAAAACGAAUAUCGACUGAUACUCGCGAUACGCAAUGAUCUCAAGAUGCAAAAGGGGAAAGUAGGGGCGCAAUGCGGACACGCUUCCGUGGCGGCCUAUGCGAAGGCGAUGAAAUUGAAACCGAAAACGUUACAACGGUGGAUGCAAUACGGAGGCACUAAAAUUACGGUCAAGGUAGACUCCGAAGCCGAGCUGUUGGAAUUGGACAAACGAGCGAAAACCAACGACAUUUUGUCUUGCGUUGUACGGGACGCUGGACAGACGCAGGUUGCCCCCGGCACUAGGACUGUUGUAGCGAUAGGGCCUGCCCCUAAAAGCGAAUUAGAUCAAAUUACCGGUCACUUGAAAUUAUACUAAUUUCGUAAUAAAAUCACAUAACCUCA